CACCCUAUUUACUCGAUGGUAUUUUAACGUCAAUCGAUAUCAAAGUGCGCCUUUUCAUAUCGAUAAAGAACAAGUUGUUUUGUUUACAAGCUAAAUUUAAAUUAUUUAUUUAAUCUGUAGCCAUGGAACCCGUGGCAAUCCUACCAAAGCCUCCGGGAUCAACCAACCGCGGAGCCCUGCGCCUGCCACCCAAAAAGCCGCGCGCAAAGCGCAUGUACCAUUGCGGCGUUUGCUUCAUGGGAUUCCCGCGUCAUUUGGCCACCAAGCGGCAUGAACAGCAGUGCGAGGCCAAAUUGAGGCGUCUGUUCAUCUGCCGGCACUGCCUGACGUUGUACGGCGAGGAGUCUCGGUUGGAGCGGCAUCGGGAGCGAAAGCACGCCGACGGGCAGUACCUGUGUUUGCAAUGCGGCAAGCGUUACGCAUCCGCCACGUUCUUGUACCGUCAUGUGGUCAGCUGGCACGGUGAGCAGUCGCUUUUCUACUGUGGCAUGUGUGCGGACAAUUGCAAUGAUGUUAAGACCUUCAGCGGAAUGAGGGAGUUGCAGGAACACGCCGAGGAGGUUCACCACCUUCGCUCCAUGGAGUCAACGGCCAGCGAAACAGGUAGCCAAGUCGAUGAAACCGAGAACCUGGAGAUGCUGGAGGAGAACAUUGAGGACAUUUUACCCAGCAUUGACUGGGAUGACGAUCUGACCUUCGGCUGGCCCAUGGACUUGGACAAGGAGUCAUGUAUUGUAGACACUAAGCCAAGCGUGUUCGUGUGUCCCUUCUGCGCCAAUGGUUUCUCGGGCAGUUUGGGUCUAGUGCGGCAUCUGGAGCAGACUUACGACCGUAAUCCUUUGGAAUGUUGCUAUUGCGGAAAGAGCCAUGGCACCCGCGAAGCCUUGCGUUCCCAUCUUCAACGUCUCCACGUUCUGUUGCGCGCUCAUGUGUGCAGUGUUUGCCAGGCAGACUUUGCCACCGCUGAUCAUCUGAAGAAGCACAUGAAUAGUCAGCAUUUGCAGCAACGACCACAUCUGUGUCCCACUUGUGGCAAGAGAUUUGCCCAGCGGUGUCAUCUUAACGAGCAUAUGACUAGGGAUUGUGGAGCCGGCCAAGGCAAGUACAUUUGCCAACUUUGCCUGUGGCCCUUCUUUCGGGCCAUUGAUCUGGAGAGGCAUGUAAACAAGAAGCAUCCUUAAGAGGAGGACUGUCAUUCAGGCGGAAAUUCAAGGUAUCUUUGAUUCUUUGACUGAGUUAAAUUAAGAUAUUUAAUAUUUAUAUAAACUAAGUGUUUUAGGUUAAUAAGUCUGGAAAGUCGGAUAAUAUUAGUUUAAUCAUUACUUUCCACUAUAAACUAUAUACCUAAGCGGUAACUUUAUCCCAUAAGUUUGAAAGCCAAAUUAAAGUUAGUAAUUAAAUUAAGAGUAAAGCUUCUAGUUUUCUAUUUAAUAUUUUCGGUAUAUAAGAGUAGUUACAUUUUGAGUUAAGUACUCUCAAAAUUUUUGGUUUCUUUUGUUAUAAAAAGUCAUGUUACAUAUUAAGAUAUCAAUAAUAUUUAUAAUUUUUAUAAACAAUAUUAACUAAAUAUUACUUAAGUAGCUUAUAAGCUGAGCAAAAGGUUGCACCUUUGUCUAUAAAGAUUAGAUUAAGAUAAAUAAGGUUAUACAUUCCAUUAUUUGUAGAAAUUUUUUUUGGCAACACAUAAAGGUCUUCAUA